AUGCCAGGAAACUGUGAGACACGAGAGCAACAGGGAUUUGACCUCAGACGGGGCAUUGCUCUUCAUUUCCUGGAUCUCAUUGGCUCAGAGAGUGAGUUUCAGUGUCUUCAGCACAUUCAGUUCCCUUCAUACCGGAGACGCUGCUGGACGCUCACAGAGAUGGCAGGAACACUGGGAAUAUUUGGCAUCUGUCUGCUCUUUGCUGGGGUUCACAUAACUUCAGGCAUGACUGUAAACAUCCCAAAUCAAGUAUAUAAGGUUGCGAGGGGUGAUAAAGCGGUGAUUCCCUGUGUUUUCACACCGAGUACAUCCAUCACAGCCAUAACAUGGACGGCAGAUCCGGACAACAAGGAUGAUCCAGAGAUUAACGUCGCUGGUUACUUCUCUGGCGGGAAUAAAAUUACGAUAUACAAAAAAUAUAAAGGCCGGGCAAACCUAGUGGUGGAUCUGGUGAAAGGAACAGCCAACCUGGAACUCCUGAGCGUCACCAACACAGACACACGGGACUAUGAAUGCAAAGUUCAGGAUCCGGAAGAUGAGGAAGGCCGUUUGUCUGACAAGGCCAAUCUCAUGGUCCUGGUGGCUCCAUCACAACCCAAAUGCGAUAUUGUUGGGAAGACAGAAUACUUCGAGAACAUCGAACUGAGAUGUCUCUCCGAGGAGGGAAUGCCGACACCAGUCUACAAAUGGCAAAGCUACAGUGUCAAUAACGUCCCUCGACCGCUGCCGCUCAAGGCAACUGAGCAAAGCGGGGUUUUGUCACUUUUAAAUAUUUCCAUGGACACGUCUGGCUACUACAUCUGCACGUCCACCAACGAAAUCAAAUCUGCAAUGUGUAAUGUGACCCUGCGCGUCGAUCCACCGUCCAUGAACCUCGCCUCCACGGGGGUGAUCAUCGGGGGUGUUGUGGGCGUGGCUCUUGUUGUGGGAAUCAUCAUCUGCUGCUGCUGCUACUGCCGUCGCCGGAGGGAAAAGGCUGAGGAAUUCGCAAUGGGGAAGCCUGAAGGAGGAGAGACAGAUGAUGACUAUGAAGGAAAAGAGGACGACCGCGACGAACACGUGAAGUACGAGGAAGAGCGUCGACUGAAAAGUGCAGACCGACGCGAUCCACCUGAUGACCGCAGCGAGAGGAGCUACGAUCGCCGCAGUGACUACACCGAUCGAAAGGAUCAAUACACCGACAGACGAGACGAUCGCAGUGACCGCUCCGAGAAGUAUGACAGAGACGACCGCCGCGACCGCUACAACGACGGCAGAGAACGCUACGAUGAUCGCAGAGACCGCUAUGAUGCCCGUGGCGACCGCUACGACGACCGCAGAGAGCGUAAUGAUGAUCGGAGAGACCGCUAUGAUGACCGCUACGACAGCGACCGUUACUCCGACCGCUACGACAGUCGCGACAGACCGCCCAGUGUUCCACCGAAUAAACCCAAAGACCCGAAGUACUGAGUUCAGCUGAUGCGGAGUCGAUCCUCAGAAAUAUACCGAAACUAGAGAAAAUGGACAACUAAUCCACUUUAACAAUCGUAUUUCAGUACCUCAUAUGCUGAAAAUGAGAUUUGACAGAAUAAGGGCAUGUUCAUACUUGGCGUCUUUUUUGACAAGAAAAAGUUGAUUAGCACUUUUUAAUAAAAUAAAAAGCUGGUUGUGUAUUGGUUACGAAUAGCAGCCGAGGGCGUCUUUCACUGAUAACAACACAAGCCUAGUGCUGUGUGCUGCAGAACUGCUGAGAAAAACAUAGGCUCUUGCGUUGGCUUUUGAAGUUUGUUGGAGGAGAAUGUUGGUUCGUUUGUGGGUGCGCAACAUUAUUCGGGGAAGGAAACCGUAUGGUGCUCACAACUAUUUAGUUCAGGAGCUUCGGUUGGAUGAUGGACAGUCUGCAGAAUGUUUUACACUAGAGUUUUGUGCUCCUAUCUAGUGCUUGAAGUGGAAAAAAAUAAGUGCUGUUACUUACCCCCAUUUAUUUAAUCCAUUUAUAUUAAACAAAUAAGUGCUUUGGAAUUAUACACAAUGUAUAGUGCCAAAAUCAAUCAAUAAUCAACUGCCUUUUUGGAUCCAUUCAGAAUCACUAAACCUCUGACCACCGCAUUAUCAGUCCAUUAUAAAACGCUCUUGCUUUUAAGCAAAAUACACAAUGAAAAGUGUCAUUUUACUGACAUCUGGACGUAAGUCGCUAUUCUCUCCACAAUCGCUGAUGAAAUCGUCCGUGUUUUCUCUAUAUAUAUAUAUAUAAUGACACUUUUACUCAUGUCAGUUCAAGCCCUGCUCAUAACGAACAACUGCUUGUGCUCCAACUCUAUUACAAACUAUCUGCGGCUAUCUUCUACAUUUCUUGUUCAUUUAUUUUUUUAUUAUUAUGGAAAUGACUCACUGCUCUCUUGUCAUUGGUCAGCUGUCAAAAAGACCUUUUUUUUUUUUUUUUUUUUUUUUUUUUUCAAAGAAUAUUUCACUUUUUUUCGACUUGAGAAGACGCUCUGAGCUGCAGAGAAAGACACCAGCAGAGGCGUAUUAAAAAGUGCUCAGACCUUUUUUGAAAACCUGUGUAAAAUGUAAAGAAAGACUCCAAGUGUGAACAUAGCCUAGAAGCGCUUUACUAAAUCUUCCACUGACACACUUCAGUGUGGGCCAUUUAGUCUCUUAUGUGUUUAUUUGUUCAUGUGAACUACUCUGAUAAGGGUGUGUAAGGGAUGAUGGGGUUGGUGUACUUUGAUUUGACUCUUGUUGAUUAGUAUUGUGAAAGGCUUCAAAAGAACCUCAUAUUUACUUUAUUUUUCAUAUUUUUGUUGACGUUUCUUGUGGCAUUUUACUAAACUUCUUAACUGCAUUUAUAGGAAUAACUAAUCUGAAUCUAGAUUUCAGUUUAUUUUUGUCCGGUUCAUUUUUUUUUUUUUUUUUUUUUUUUUCAGAAUAAAAUAUUCAACAUAUUAUGUUGGUGGAUAAAUGAGUUUCACUGAGGUUCCUGAUUCAGCUGAUUAACAUUCAGGCUUCUGUUUUAAACUGUGACCGAGUGAAGCUGAACUGCGGUGGUUAGUGUCCUAACUAUAACUCAUUUACCGCUCAACACCGGUCAUCUAUUGUCCAAAGACUACUCUCUUCAUUAUGAUUCAUGGUUAUGAAAAGUGGUCCUGUUCCUCUUGAUGACGUCAAUCUCUGAGUUUUGCAGCUGGCCGUUUUCAGCAAAGAUGUAAUUAAAUAUAAAUAUUCUUUACCAUUAAAGUUGUAUCAUGUCAAAGAAAACGUAUUCACCUGUGUAUGUCAGAAAUGUAUUGAUCAACCUAGAGAAGAUCACGCUGUUUUUAUUUUAUUUUAUUCAUGUUAUGAUUUUGAUUUCUACAUUCUUUUAUGUUCUGAUAUUUUUUUCUCAUGUAAUUUUUUGUACAUUUUAUGGCAAUCAUUAAAAGCAUGUUUUUACUCCAGU